AUGGGGCCCAUUCCUUUCGCUUCUCCAUCGUCGAUUGUGCCCGACUCCAUUCGGAAUCUCAUUCCACGUGGCGACGAAAAGAUUUACGGAGCCGCUGGAUGUUAUUCAGGUUCAUGUGUCACUGAAUCGGCUGAUGCCGAUUCUCAAAGAAAGGAUCAAGCAUCGCAUGCAUCUCAUAACUCCGAAAAUUCCACUCAGCCCCUGCCUCACAAGACCCACGCGUUGCCUAUUCCCAGUCUUAACGUCGAGUUUCCGAGAUUUCCGCUAGGCCCAGCAGUCCUACAAGUACCAGGUUCGGCCAUCGAGGCUCCUAUAUUCAACCUCACUACGAAAGCCUUCACUGUGGUGUUCUCGUUGCAUACCGCGGGGAGCUCCGUCACUUCCGCCACGGCCAAGGAAGUGGACUGCACGACGACCCUCACGGAGUGGAUCACUGUCACUCCGACCAGUACAUCCAACGCGCUGAAGUAUACUUCGGCGCACAAGGAGACCCACCAAGUCCUGCUGCCGAAGCCUUCAGGCCCUCAAACCAAGACAGAAGCAGUUCUAUUACCGAAGCCGUCAGCAUCUCAUACACAGACUCCGGCAGUCGUCAGUAUGAUUUUGACCGUCGAGACUUUGCUACCGGGUCCAACUUCCACGUCAUUCUCAACAGUAGCAUCUUACACACCUCUUCAGAAGCCCGCUGAGCUGCCUCCAAGCUCUCACAUCUCCAGCCAAUACAAAUCUGGGUCCUACAACGCGCCUUCCAACACAGCCGCGACCCACUCAGCCGAAGACCUCAUGCUGGUGGUAACGAAGCCUACAAGAUACGUUACUCCGAUCCCUGUAGCACAGCCAUCUUGGAGUAGAAUACAGAACUCCUCAUCGACGGGAAUGGCUAAACCCCAACAGCCUGAACAAUACAUGGGUGCUGCGGUUACCAACUCCCUUGAUGUGGUGUUUCUCAUAGUAGCUGGAGUAGCUGCUUUGAUGACCAUUUGA